AGUGCCGAGGUCCAGUCUGGUUUCGUUAAUGGGGAACUAACAUUCCACAGAUUCCUCAAUAUCGCCAUCACAAAUGACUUUGUCAUGAGUUCCAUCCUUACUCUGUCGGCGUCACAUUUGGCCUGGAUCACACGAAAUAAAGAAACUAAGCAGCUCGCUUACCACCACAGAGGGGUGGCGAUUCAGGGCUUACACAAGGCUAUCGGUACUUUCUCGAAAGGCAAUUGUGACGCUAUCCUUGCGGCCUCCAUCCUCCUUUCCUGGCAAGCCUCGGAAUGGCAUAGCUGGGCGUCCCUGCAACAGGGACUCACAACCGUUCUGAAUUCGAUGCAUCCCAUCUGGAAGCACGAAUCCGAACUAGCCAUGUACCUCGAGAACCAAAGGUACUUGGGAUGUACUAACACCCCAAUGAUGACGGGCUACCAGUUCCAGGACGAGGACCUUGUUAGCCUCGACCAAACAACCAUUGCCCUUCAAAACGUCCAGAAGCGCGUGGCUCACAACCCCGAGCACUACCGUCGGAUCGGAGAACUCCUUGAAUUUGUACGCCACUUCAGGCGAGAUCUUCUGUCCUUGACCCCGGAACAGGCCUUUGAGCGUAUGCAGCCCCUGCGAAGAUGGCUCUUUUGGCUUCCCCCAGCCAUGCUCCGAGGCGGAGACGCAGAUCUCGGAGCCCUUGCCAUCCUUGCUCAAUUCUUCGGUAUUGGUGUGGUUUUGGAUAGUUUAUUCCCUGACCUAGGAGGCGCAUACCUCGGCCCGCUAUCCGUCGGCCCCAUCGAAGACAUCUAUCGGAUCAUCAUAACCAGAAGCAUGUCGGAGCCAUACAACCCCGAUCUACAGCUAGCCUCGACCAUUAUGGAAUUGCCUCGACAUAUCGUUGCUCAAUAUAAAAGCCGCCUUCAGUGGUCGCCGCGGACCUCACUCGACUACUCCCCGUCCCCCGCGAGUCCGUACCAACCUAUACAAGAUUACACGCUAGCAUCGUCAUCCUCUCCAUCCUCUACCGCUACCUGUGCACCUUACACCCCACCUCUCCAGUCUCCCCCAGCGGUGACGAUCGCUAGUUCUCCAUUUGAUGUAAAUGGAACGUACGUCACAGCACCAAGUGUCCAGAGUCUUUACCCAUCGUCUCCAAGUUUGCUUUCCGAUGCCCGAGAAGAACUGUGCGAAUACAGCCAUACUACCUCGCUCCAUCAGUCGCCCACAUAUCCUCCACCAUAUGUGGAUGGUAUGGUGUGCGGAGAGCUAUCGCGAGUAGACGGAACGGUCGGGCUCAACGUGGAUCUCUACGGCGAACCUCAGCAGAUUGUGGGAGGAUAUAGCACCGCGGAACCGUGCUGGACAGGAAGUAUCUGCACUUGAAGAUGGAAAGAUGGCCGACAGAGCCAGGCAAAAAAAUAAAAGCCAAAAAAAAAAAAAUUAUAUACCCUUCACCAACUUUGAUUCUAUUUAUACGGCAUAUGGGCUUGAGCUUGGAUCUCACAUGGGGUUGGAUGGAUAGAAGGGCUGG